AUGCAGUGUGCUACCGUGCUAUUCCAGAAGGCGGACGUAUGGCUGCUGUCCAUGGAUCAUGAGGAUGUCGGCACGCUGACCAGAGAAUACUGCAGAGACAUGAAGGGUGAAGAGCAUGGGCCUAUUAUUCUGUCCCAUAGUAAGCUCCCCAAUUUGAUAUUAGACCAUGAACAUGCUAGGAUACAAGAUCCAAUGUUCGCCAUCUUCAUGGAAGACGAGGAGCGAGAUGUACCUGUGAAGAUAAGGAACACUCACUAUCCUGCGAAAGUUGCAGAAGGCAACCCGUGCCUGGAGUACAUCAAACAUAUUGUGCUUCCAUGGUUUGGAUGCUUUGAGGUGCCCGGCAAGGAAGAGAACGGUGAUGGCAUUAGCAGGAUGUUUCACAAGAUGGAGGAGCUUAUCGCUGAUUAUGAAAGCGGCGCUCUGCAUCCCGCCGAGGUGAAGCUGGCUCUUACAAAGGCGCUGAACAGGAUGAUGAAUAUUGUGUGUGGCCACUUCACCGACAACAGUAAAGCCAAAGAUCUUAAGAAAGCUAUGAAGGUGUAG